AUGUUCUCUGCUGGGUUCAGGCGAGAUCUGAUUGUUAUGCAGUCCGAAACAAAACAACAUCAGCAAAACGGCACUCAGAUGCGGAUCACUGCACAGAGACAAUUGGAUGAAUUGAAAAAGAAACUGAAAGCAACGAAAAAGAUUGCAAAGUCAUGCACUACAGAAUUGUUGGAUUUGGAAGAAAGAGUCCAAGCCUUGGAAAGCGAGUUGACGACCAAACGUGCUCAAUUGGAGGAGAAACAGAAAACAGUAGAUGAAAUGACUGAAAAGUUACAACAACUAUCCAAUGAGAAACAAAUAAGCCUCUUCGAGAUUCAAAUGAAGCAGCACGAGACCACCUACUGGGAUCUUGUCCGUGAAGGGCGAUAUCGUCGCUUAUGCACUUCGACCACUUCUAAUCAAGCUGAAUACGAUCGACAGAUGGCUCGCGUGGAAGCGUUGUUCAGCAUUAUUGAAAGACUGGAGAUGGACUUCCCCCAAGUUAGUCUAUUGAUAACUAAGCCAAAGCUGAUUUAUAUUGCUUUUUAUUAG